UCCACCAGAUGAGCGCGGACGCAUUGAAUGCUUCUGUAUAACAUCACAGAAGCCUUCUGAAUCAUCACUGACUGAUGCAAACGUUUCUGUUGUUUAUGCUUGCUUGCUUGCUUGUUUGUUUGUUUUAUGAGAUAUUAUUCUUGGAUUUCAGCUCUCCAUAUCCUUCGCGACCGGUUCUGCUAUCCGAGACCACCCAAAACUGACAAAGAGGAAGGUCUUCUCGACACCCCUCCAACCCUAAACCUCACCUCUGGAUAUGAGAACGAUUCCUGGAGACAGUUCUUGAGGGGAAAACAUACCACAGAAGACGCACAUGUUGUAAAAGACCGGACUGUACCGCGGAAUGGCGUUGUGGAAAGGACUCCUUAACAUUCUUGUAUGUGCACUCUGGUUACGUUAAAGAGAAAAAAGCCACACCAAGACCUUCUGCAGCAGCGCAGACAACGGGGGGCAUUUUCUUCUUCAGACCGCGUUAAGAUGCGCUGUUUUUCAGCACGCCAGCGGGCGCAUGCCAUGCUGUAGCGCUGCGCAGCCAAAUGGCACGAGCCAGCGCGACCGAAUCGCUCUGACGUUCGCGGAGGACAAGGCGUAUGAUGAUGAGCGGCAGCUGCCGUGGGACCAGUCUGCUUGUCCCGAUGCGUUCUCCACUCUCCGUUCGGUUCGCCUUCACUCUUAAUCGCACACACCUGCUCGUCUUCGCUGUUUCUGUUCUAGGAACGCGCGUGGGUAAAUAGAACCGCGUUGGGAACAAUGGAGUUGUCUGAGGUUCGCUGUUCCAGCGCGAGCGAGGAGCUGUACACCAUCAACAAGACCCCCAGCAACAACAACGGGAACCGACCGAAGCGCCUGCUGUGGCAGAACGCUGUGCGGCACAUCACCGAGCAGCGCUUCAUUCACGAGCACAGCCCUAAACCCGUCUCACCGGACGAGCCUCACGCGCAGGGCUCGCGCAAACAGUCCGCCGGCAGGACGUCGGUUAGCGACCGGCACAACAACGGCGGCACUAAAGUCUUCCCCGAGCGCUCGAGCAGCGACCUGGGUUUCCUGCAGAUCGACUGCGCGCCCAGCAACUCCGACUUCUUUCUUAGCUGGGGCUACACGUACCGCGGGGUCAUCUUUCCCACGCUGCGCUACGCCUUCAAGUCCAGGGACCUCGAGCGCCUGUACCAGCGCUACUUCCUGGGCCAGCGACGGAAGUCGGUGGUGGUCAUGAACAUUCUGGACGUGGUGACCAAGCUGACCCUGCUCGUGCUGCACCUGACCCUGGCGUCCACGCCGAUGGACCCGAUCAAAGGAAUGCUGCUCGGCUUCUUCACGGGCAUCGAGGUGGUCAUCUGUGCACUGGUGGUGGUGCGCAAGGACACGAGCUCGCACGGUUACCUGCAGUACAGCGGCGCGGUGACCUGGGUCGCCAUGGCCACGCAGAUCCUCGCGACGGGACUGGGCUACGGUUUGCUCGGGGAUGGGAUAGGGUACGUGCUCUUCACGCUCUUUGCCACCUACAGCAUGCUGCCGCUGCCUCUCACCUGGGCCAUCGUGGCGGGACUGCUGACCUCCGCGCUGCACAUCGCGAUACAGCUGCUGGUGCCCCCUCGAGCACAGAUCUCCACGAAUCAGCUGUUAGCUCAGGUGCUGCUGUUCUUAUGUAUAAACACUGCAGGGAUGUUUAUCAGCUACCUGUCAGACCGCGCCCAGCGACAGGCCUUUCUGGAGACACGCAGGUGCAUCGAGGCACGUCUCCGCCUGGAGACCGAGAACCAGCGACAGGAGCGUCUGGUCUUGUCGGUGCUGCCACGCUUCGUAGUGCUGGAGAUGAUUAAUGACAUGACCAACGUGGAGGACGAGACCCUACAGCACCAGUUUCACCGUAUCUACAUUCACCGCUAUGAGAACGUGAGUAUUCUCUUUGCUGAUGUGAAGGGCUUCACCAAUCUUUCCACCACACUCUCCGCUCAGGAACUCGUACGAAUGCUCAACGAACUCUUUGCACGCUUUGACCGACUGGCACACGAGCAUCAUUGCCUGAGGAUCAAGAUACUAGGGGAUUGUUAUUAUUGUGUUUCUGGCCUUCCCGAGCCUCGACCGGAUCAUGCCCACUGCUGUGUUGAGAUGGGCCUCAGCAUGAUCAAAACCAUCAGGUAUUUUCGAAAUUGCCCGAAAAACCAUCUCAUGCGAAUGUAAAAAAAUUUUUUUUGUUUUGUUUUGGAUGUGUGAGAUGAAUCUGUAGUUCAUUUCGACCCCCUCAGGAGGAUCCACAUCUCUAAAGCGGCUCUAGACUGUCUGAACGGCGAUUAUGAGGUGGAGGAGGGUCACGGUAAGGACCGCAAUGAUUUCCUGCGCAGGCAUAACAUUGAGACUUUCCUGAUCAAGCAGCCAGAGGAGAGCUUACUCACGCUGCCGGAGGACAUCAUGAGAGAUUCCACCAACCAAUCAGAUCACAGACCCUCUAACACUUCCUUCACGGAGGGAACAUGGAGCCCUGAACUUCCCUUUCAUAACAUAGUGGGCAAACAGAAUACUCUGGCUGCGCUCACACGUCACUCCAUUAACCUGCUCCCCAACCACCUGGCUCAAGCCCUGCAUGUGCGCGCCGGCUCACAGGAAAUUAACGCUCGCAUGCAGAGCACCAUCGCCCUGCGCAGCGGGGACAAGCUCCGCCAAGAACAUAUCUCCCCCUUCUCUCUCACCUUUAGAGAAGCACUGCUGGAGCACAAGUAUUCCCAGAUGCGAGACGAGGUGUUUAAGUCUAAUCUUGUGUGUGCCUUCAUUGUUCUCUUCUUCAUCACUGGAAUACAGAGCUUACUUCCCUCUGCAAGGAUGGUCACUAUGGUGAUACAGUUCUCCGUCCUCAUCUUGCUGCACUGUUGCCUUGUUGUUGUGACAACGGCGGAGGAUUAUAAGUGUUUGCCUCUGGUUUUGCGAAAAGCAUGUUGCUGGGUGAACGAAACGUACGCUGCACGGAACGUCGUCAUCUUCCUCUCCAUCCUCAUCAACUUCCUGGCUGCCAUGAUCAACAUACUUUGGUGUGAUUUCGAUAAAUCCGGCUCAUUCAGGAACCAGACGUUUAAUGCAUCUGCCUCAAUCCCCGAUAUCUGCUUCUACCCAGAGUAUUUCGUGUUUACUGGAGUGUUGGCGAUGGUGACGUGUGCAGUGUUUCUCAGACUGAACUCGGUUCUGAAGCUGGCCAUCCUGCUGAUCAUGAUCGCUAUCUACGCAGUGCUGACCGAGGCCUUCUACACGCCACUGUUCAUCCGCUAUGACACACUUACACUUAAUCAGAGCAAAAGCUUCCUGGGAACCAAGGAAACGUCUCUGCUUCUCAUGGCGAUGUUCCUUUUAGCUGUGUUCUACCACGGCCAACAGCUGGAGUAUACCGCUCGUCUGGACUUCCUAUGGCGUGUACAGGCGAAGGAAGAGAUAAAUGAGAUGCGAGAGCUGCGUGAACACAAUGAGAACAUGCUCCGGAACAUUCUCCCCAGCCAUGUCGCACGCCACUUCCUGGAGAAAGACAGAGACAAUGAGGAGCUCUACUCACAGUCAUAUGACACGGUGGGAGUGAUGUUCGCCUCCAUUCCGGGCUUUGCUGACUUUUACUCGCAGACUGAGAUGAAUAAUCAGGGUGUGGAGUGUUUGCGGCUGCUCAACGAGAUCAUUGCUGAUUUUGAUGAGCUGCUGGGGGAGGAGCGAUUUCAGGACAUCGAGAAGAUAAAGACCAUCGGCAGCACAUACAUGGCCGUGUCAGGACUGUCUCCUGAGAAACAACAAUGUGAGGAUAAAUGGGGACAUCUGUGCGCACUGGCUGAUUUUGCCAUUGCUCUGAAUGAAAGCAUUCAGGAGAUCAACAAACAUUCGUUUAACAACUUCCAGCUCAGAAUCGGUAUGGCUCAUGGCUCUGUGGUGGCUGGAGUGAUUGGCGCUAAGAAACCACAGUAUGAUAUUUGGGGGAAGACGGUCAAUCUGGCAAGUCGCAUGGACAGCACGGGCGUCAGCGGGAAGAUCCAGCUCCCAGAGGAGACCUAUGCCAUCCUGAACGAGCGCGGCUUCGCCUUCGAGUAUCGAGGCGAGAUCUACGUGAAGGGCAUCAGCGAACAGGAAGGCAAGAUCCGUACGCACUUCCUGCUGGGCCGCGUGCAGCCCAACCCGCUCAUCCUGCAGCCGAGGAAGCUCACGGGCCAGUACUCGCUCGCCGCCGUGGUGCUCGGCCUGGUCCAGUCCCUAAACCGGCAGAAACAGAAACAAAUCCUCAAUGAAAACAACAACUCAGGCAUCAUGAAGGGCCACUACAACCGCAGAACUCUGCUGGCGCCGGGCGGCUCGGACACCAGCCACGCCGAGGUCACGGACAAGAGCGAUCUGGCCUAGAGGACGGGGAAAACAGACUGCGUACUUAACUAAAAGACUGAGCUGUACUUCAGACUGCUGCCGCUGACUGAGUGUCUCUCUUGCUGUCUGUGUUUCUUUUUGUAUUUCUUUUGUAUUUGAGAAACAAUA